AUGGCUGUUGCACCUCCAGCGACUGAUGAGUCCUCAGUCACUUAUGAGGAGCUCAAUGACUUGAACGCCGAGUUUGAUGACGCAGAAACUGAGCUGAUCCGGCAAGAGGUGGUGGUCAAGCGGCCCCUCUACGAGAAGAGACACAAGAUCGUCUCACAAAUCCCAAACUUCUGGCCGCUGGUCUUUGAGCAAGCGCCGCCAGAUAUCGACGAGUUCAUUCAGCCGUCAGAUUCUUCCUUGCUCUUGACGUCGCUGACGUCUCUAUCGGUGACGAGGUUCGAGAUCGAGGAUGGGAAGGAAGGCGAUCCUAGGAGUCUGUGCUUCAGGUUUGAAUUCAGUGACAACGACCACUUCGAGGACAAAGUCAUUGAGAAGAAGUUCUGGCAGAGGCACUCCAAGAGCGGUUGGACUGGCCUAGUAAGCGAGCCUGUCGAGAUUCAUUGGAAGAAGGGAAAGGAUUUGACGGGAGGCCUAUUAGGGACGGUGAAGAAGGUCUGGGAUGCCCAGCAAGCCAAGGCCAAGACUGAGGGUGAAAAGGCCCGGGAACUGUCAACAGAUGAGAAAUCACUCAAGAAGAAGAUUGAGAACACGGGACUCGGUGGGUUGAGCUUCUUCGCAUGGUUCGGCUAUGUUGGUCGGAAUAUAUCCGCCAAGGAAAGCCAGGAGGCUUUUGAAAAGGCACAGAAGGAACGUCUUGCCAGACAGGAGGGCAAGGCACAAGAUCCCAAUGACGAGGACGAGGACGAGGACGAAGAGGAUGAAGACGACGAAGAUGAUGAGAACGAGCUGGAGAUUUUCCCAGAGGGUGACAGCCUCGCUAUCCACAUCUCGGAGGAUCUGUGGCCAAAUGCUAUCAAAUACUUCACCCAAGCGCAAGAGCAAGACGAAGUCAGCGACGAUGACUUCGAGUCUGAUGCGGAUGAUGAUAAUAAGGAGGAGGAGGAGGUUUCAGAGGAAGAGCCCCCUGCCAAAAGGCGGAAGACAUGA